UUAGAUAUAACGUUUUGUCGAAAACCUUGAAACUACCAUUGUUCGAUAAAUCGAACAAUAUUUUUUUUUCAAAACAGACGUGUUUAGCUAGUUAUAGACGCGAAAACUAAAUAUGCAAAAUAUAUUACUUCUGGUAGGAGUUUUAACGUUUUCUCAUUUUGGACGUGGUAUAGAGAUUUUAACUUGCUAUGUGUGUGUUACUGAAACAGACGGAGAAUGUGCAAAUCCUUCUAACCCAUAUGAUGUUGUCAUUGGCACACGACACUGCGAUGGUCCUUCUUGCCUGUUAUACCAAACAAGCACUGGGUAUAGACGGUGUUUAUUUGUAAAUGUUAUGGAGGACAACUGUGUACCAGGAGAGAAACUAGGGUAUUCAGAGGGAAGUUGUGUUUGUCAGUGCAACAAGUCUGUUGGAUUGUGCCCGUCUAUACUUAACUGCAUAAUGUUGCUGACUAUAUCGCUUGCCUUUAAACAGAACUAUAUCUAAUAAAUAUGGACGCAGGGACUUCACAAAAAAACUAUCUUUAAACUUGUAUGACAUAGAGCUCUACAUACAAGAAAUGUGGAUAAGUGCUAGCAUAUGCAUAAUACUUUGAAAUACAAUCUGACUAAAGUACAAAUCCUAUAACGCUACGCAUAGGAUCUGAGAACGACCUAUUCAUUGCCUCGUUCUGACGACCCUUUCGCUAACCAAUCGGAGCCUAACUUACAACAUCUUGCAAAUCUACCUGUAGCCUUGACUUUUGAUAUUUACAAUUCUUAUAUCAUAAUGUAUCAGAUAGCCGGUUAGCUCAGUCGGUAGGCCACUUGCUUUGUAAGCGAGGGGUCCUGGGUUCGAGCCCUGGAAUGAUUGCACAUUUUUCUUACUCUUUGACAUUCGAACAAGUCGUCUGAUUGGAUAAAAUAAAAAUAGCAAUACUGGAAAUCCAAAAUAUACAGAAGACGAAUGUGAAUGGGUCGUUUUCAGAUCUUCGUUUAGAAGAUCAAGUACUUAAGUCAGAUUGCUUUGAAAUAUAAUGUGACUGAAUUUGUCAAAAGAUGAUCUUGUUUAGGUCGGCUGCGUUCUACGCCCUCAUAGAUUCCUCGUAGAAUUGUGGAUUUUCUGUGCUUAAUUGAUAAUCGAGAGGAUAAAUCUCCAUUCAGUGUAGCCGCAUCACAUUCAGGACCGUCUUGACGCAUCGGUAUUAUGAUAGGAUGUUUGUUUAAAAACAACGAAAGAGUCCGAAACUUUCGAAUAUCAUGGAAGCUAUUUUUACCCUGCUUUCCGUGUGAGCAACCUCAGUUGCAUCGUUAAGCUGAGAACCAGCUAUUGCAAUAUAUAAACGCUAUGAGACACUUUCUAAAUUAUACCUUUUUUCGUUUUGUGUAACGAUCAUUGUGAACUUUGCAAAUCUUUCAGUCUCAGUUAUGUUGCGCAUUAGCAUAAUAAACGGGUCGCUUACAAGCUUA